AUGCUGAGACAGGCACAGCGGGGCCCCGGCUUCCCGUGCUUCUCCUCAGGCCCCAGUGGUGGUCGUCCAGUAUCUCCCAACUCCUAUAUCACAUUCUUCAAUUCUCUCGACGUCUACGGCGCGAACAGGAAUAUUCAGAAAGCAGACGAUGAACAAAAACGCAUAUCCAGGCUCGCCAGAGAAGACACGGGACAUCUGCCCAAGCUCGUGUUGAGGCCAUGGAUCAAGACGACUCCACCAGCGAGCCUGCUGCUGCGGAACGUGCGCGUCGUCGAGCCCUCAACAUGCAGCAUACUCCCGGGCUUGUGUGAUGUGCGCACGAAGGAUGGGCACAUCGUCGAAAUCACACCUAAUGCUGCGCCAUUCCCAGCUGGGGACGAGGCUCAUGUAGUCGAAGUCGACUUGAAGGGGAAGUUCCUAUGUCCUGGUUUGGUUGAUUGUCAUGUCCAUAUCGCAGCAGUUCCUGGAGUGCGGUCGCUCUCUGAGCUGGCCCGAGACCCACCAGAGACGGGUCAUCUUAGAUCGACAUAUGCGCUGAGAGAGAUGUUGCUGCGCGGCUUCACCACCGUCAGGGACACCGGCGGUGCGACCAAAGCCCUGGCCGACGCCGUCACAGAAGGCCUCAUUCUCGGUCCGCGAAUCUAUCAGUGCGGUCGGGGGCUCUCCCAAACAGGCGGGCACGGGGAUAUUGGCGGCGGUUGCUGUGGUGGAGGAAACGGUGUUACGCUCGGCCGUGUCUGCGACGGUGUCCCGGAAGUCUUGAAGACGGUCCGUGAGGAACUGAAAAGUGGUGCAGACUUCAUUAAAAUUCACUGUGGCGGCGGCGUCGCAUCUCCUACGGACGCGAUCGAGACGGUACAAUUUACCGCCGAAGAGAUACGCGCGAUCACGACGACAUGUACCCAGAUGGGUGGAAAGCCUACAACUGCGCACGCUUACACGGAUGCAGCGGUACGGCAUGCGAUCGCCAACGGCGUGACAGGCAUCGAGCACGGCAACCUCAUCAGCGCGGAUACUGCCAAACUGAUGGCUGAGAAGGGCGUCUUCCUGACCCCAACGUUGGCUUGCUACGGCAUCAUGGUCCGCCCGCCGUUUGAGGAUUACCUGCCGCCGGAGGGAAAGGUCAAGAAUGAACAGGUGAUGGCCAAGGGUCUGGAGGCCCUCAAAAUCGCGGAUGAGGCGGGAGUCACAAUCUGCUAUGGAUCUGAUUUGCUCAACUCGCUGCAGGCGCUUCAAACGGAGGAGUUCACCGUGCGCGCAUCCGUGCUGCCCUCGCCCAAAAUCCUACAGCACGCGACAACUAAUGCCGCGAAACUGCUCAGUAACCCAAAGAUAGGCUCGAUCCAUGUCGGUGCACACGCCGACAUCAUCGUUCUAGACGCCAACCCCCUCGAAGAUGUCACCAUUCUGGACUACCCGGAAGACCAUCUGUACGCAGUAAUCAAGGGUGGCAGUGUAAUCACGAGCCGGGUGGAGGGAUUGCCUGCGUCGAGUCUAUUUUGA